GUUCCUGGUUGCUCUUGCAGCGGACUUAGCCCGGGCUGGAGCUGGGACGCUUUGAUCUCGCUAGUCGGAUUGGGUGCCCUUCUCAGAGGUGACUUGGUCCUCGCAGACGUCAGUGUAGAGUAGGAUUUUGCUAUAGAAGAAGUAGCCUUCAGGGACCCAUUGAAGUUACCUAUAUAGAGCACACCGCCACAAGAAGCAACCAUGCCUGUGGAAGGAGGGAAAACAGAUAUGGAGAGGAUUGGGCUCUUCAGUGAGAUGGAAUAUGUCACUGUUGGUGAUAAAUAUGUGUCACAAUUUAAUCGACCCUUUAAUGAAGCUGCAAGCAAAAAUAGACAGAUGCUACCUGGGGGAUCCAAAGAAAUGUCAAAUCUCCAGGCAGGUUAUUUUGAUCCCCAUUUUGUAAGGAUUUUUGAAGGUGAAGGCUACGUAAACCUGAAUCAAGUGAGGAGACGGCAUAUGAUGGAAGAAGCCAAAAAAAAUCUAGGCAAAGCGUUCCUUCCUAGUAAUGGAGAUAAGAAGCUAUGUGGAUUAGGAAGUUACUAUGGAACAAUAGGUAGACCAGUCCCAUUUUUCAGUGCGCAAUCAAAACCCAAAGAAAAAUAUGAGCCACCUGGAAAGAAUUUGUACACAAACCCAGGAAAGAAAGGAACUGGAUAUGGCUAUGCAAACGUUACCAUAGGUAAGCAGUUUUCACACUCUGCUGAUUUCUAUGAUGCAGCAAAACUAAAUGACAAGAAAGAGAAUGAAGAACACCAUCGUUUACUUAAAGGGACACCUUUCAAAUUAAAUCUUUACCCAAGGGAAUAUUUUGAUACCAAUCCUUAUUUGUUUGAGGAACCUUUACCACCAAUUAAAAAAGCAGAGAAGAAAGAAGCACUUGCAAACCCUUUUAAGCCCUCUUCUCCUGGUAAAAAGGCUGGUGGAAUGAAGGCAGGAACAUUUGAUUCUUACCCUUCACAUUCUGCUGACCCUUAUGGGGUUAAAUUGACAAGCCAUAUUUCCAGGAAAGGUGCUAAGGUUUUCCAUCCACCAGGUGGACCAAAAAGCAGACCAACUGAAAGUGUAAUGACUUUGAAUGUCAAAAGGGCACUAAAUAUGAAGAACUACAAGACUGCUUCAGUACAGUCCUAUUAGCAUCUGGAAGACAAAUAGCCUUAUAG